AGAUCUGUUUGGUUAUUUUACACGAUUACGUGGACAGAUAAAUAUGAAAAACGCAAAAAAAGUCACCAAAUAGAAGAUUUACCGUUACAUUUUCCGAGCGUUGUGCAGCGACGGUAACCGGAAGUAGCUGUGGAAUCACCUGUAAAAUGAAACUAUAAAUAGAAUGAAAGAAUUCCACACCAGUCCUGCUGUUCUGGAAAAACUUGCUGUUACUCGUUGUGUGUUGCAGCCGCAGCAACAAGCACAUGCCUGAGAACCUAUUCACGUGUAUUUUCUUUAGAUGCAGUCAGAGGUUCUCAUGUGAGCUUUUAAGUUACUUUCUACGCCUCAAACCAUAUUUCCUUUUGGUUUGUUAACAGUAUGGCUGAACCUGCAGAGUUGUUGCUCAUCACGGACCAGUAUAGGAUGGCCCUUCAGUACCUGAAUCGGGGACUGGCAGCUGAAGAGGCCAACCAGAAACAGGAGGCCCAGGGAUAUUACAGGAACGGUCGUAGGCAUCUUACUCAGGGCCUGGAGGUUCCUACUGGUGCAGAGAGGAACCAGGGAGAGAACUGGGACAAAGCCCGGCAGCUUCAGCAGAAGAUGAUGAACAUGAUGAAAACUAUCAACAAUCACCUCUCUGAUCUGGAAAGGUCACCAGAAAACGACAACGAGUUACCUUUAAUUGAUCUUUCUUCUGAACUGUAUCCAAACUUGGCUAUACUCUCUCAGUCCUCCAACAGCCCUCUCCACCAUCUGUACCCCACCUUACCAGCUACAUCACCAGCCCCUAUCAGUCCUGCACCCCCUGCUGUCCCAAACACACACAGACUCCCAGCAGCUGCUCUGAACACAGUCACCAUGGAUAAUCCAGGAGACCUGCCUCCAGCGUACACACCAAAGCCCACAGAGGGUCACCGCAGCCUGGCUGGAGGCGGCGUCUGGUCAGGACGCUCCAGAAGAGUGGCGAGGGAUGGACAGGAGCUGCUUUCUUUCCCCUCUGGGGUGCAGAUGUUCUUUGUGGAACCAAACGGACAGGUCAGCUCUCUAUCCCAUCCAGGCUAUCUCCGUAUCAUCACGAAUGUACCCGGCACUGGAAAACCCUCCACAUUUUUACAUGUGUGUGAACGGAUGUAUCCACUGACAGCAGACACUCCGGUGCUGCUGGCUAACUCUGGGAUCUUCAUGUUCCCUGACUGCAUGUCAGAGACGCCCGGGGCCUACGUGGGUUUGGUGCUGUCCUCUGAACUGCCUGCUGCAGACUGCGACAUGUUUCAGGAUCUCCUGUCGCAGCUCUCUGAUUUCAGAAUCCAGGGCCAAGAUGGUACAGGAGUUGUUGCCAUGAACUUGACUACAAAAGUCCCACUUGGAACCCCGAACAAGCAAAGUGAACCAGAGGAAGAGAAGGAAAAAGAGCUCAUUUUUCCUGGUUGGAGUGAGAAGAUGGCUCAAGGAAUCUUGUCGGGAGCUACUCGGUUAAGCGAGUCAUUUACAAAAGGAGCUACAGCCACGGGAAAAGCCAUUCAGCAGGGAGCAGUGAAGAUCCGGGACCGCAUCACACCUGAGGAGACUCCAUCUGAGGUCAGCCCACGCGUCACCAAAGGUCUGGAUGCUGCUAAACAGGCCACAGGGGGUGCUGUACGAGUCAGCCAGUUCUUAGUCUAUGGCAUGAGCACGAUUGCAGGACACGUAGCAGACAAGAUGGCACCUCAUGUGAAGAAACACGGUCCUAAAUUAUUCCCAGAAUCUAUGAAGAAGAGCCAAGAUGGCCAUGCUUCCAACUUCGAUGCAGCUAAGUUGGUAGCAUCCAGCAGCGUAAAAGGUUUAUGCACAGUUUGGUCGAGUCUGGAAGAUGGGGCAAAGCACGUUUGCAAAAGUGUUGCCUCUGAGACGGUCACAACAGUGAAGUACAAAUUUAGGGGCUUAGAGAAUCUAAUAAACAUGUCCAACAGUAUGUGACUUCCCUGGGGAGAAAAGGCAACUUAAACUAACACUUAAUCCUGUUAACCCUGUCUUGUGCACACCGUCACUAACUACGUUAGAAAAUAACACAAAUCCAGCGUAAAGCUAAAAAAUAAUCAAACUCUUGUUUGUGUCUUUAUGGUUUUCUUUUUAAGGCUUUAUUUAUACUAAAUUACCUGCAUCAUACACACACAUAUGCCUUAAGAUGCAGCCUGAAUUGUAUUUUCGUGCUUCUAGUUCACUUUUCCUUUGUGUGCAAAGCUACAGUGAUUGUGUGUUGUUCUCUACGUGCCUCAGUGUGACCAGAAACUGAAUGUUUCUCUGGACACCUGUGUGGACAUACAGAUCACUGUAGCUGUUGGUGCUGUGUAAACAAACUUCCAUAUGGAAACAAAAUAAGCUUCUGCUGUUUGUUGGUGGUACCCGUAGCUAAAUACCAGCUUGUUUUGGAUGGUGAUGCUCUUUUCAUUCAUUCUAUUUAUAUAAAAAUUCUAUCUAGAAUUGAAUUAGAGACAUCCAAUGAGAUUUAACAGUUCUUUUAAAAUCAUUUUGUGUUCUAACUAUUUUUCCCACACCACUUUUUUUUCUGUAAUUCCACCAAAUUACUUGUGAAAGGUAUGGUGACGAUGCAGCUCAAGCCACAGACACUGGUCUCAAGUCAGUGGGAAACAUUGGUGUAGCCGCAAACAAUUUUGACAACCUGGGCCUCUUAGCCUUUCUGAAGACGGCUAGCCGGCGGACAGUCAAGACCAUGGCUGGAAGUCCCAGUGGAGAGCUAGCAGAAGGCAAAGAGGAUGAGAAAAAUGAGGGACAACACUCACAGCCGAAAAGCACAGAUACUCAGACUAAAG